UGUGUGUGUGUGUGUGUGUGUGUGUGCAUGCAGCAGUGCUACGGGGCUGCCUGUGUGACGCUGAGGAAGAUCCAGCAUCCUCCUCAUCCUCUUCUCGAGCGCAGGGAAUUCUCUGUUUUCCCGGGAAUGUCGCGGGCGCGCGCUGGGGUGUGAUGACGGUAGCGUCGCGCGUCACUGAGCUGUAGGGAAGGGCGAAUGUGUGUGUGUGUGUGUGUGUUCAUCUGUGAAGAGAUCACAGUGAACUGGCCUUAGCUCUCGGGCUAACAUUAGCUGCUAACGCCGCUGUUUCUCUGAUCGUCCAGCAUGUGAACGAAAGUGAGUGCUGUCCUCAGCCCAUUGUUCGCCUGCUCUUCACCUUCAGCCUCGGCCUGGUCUGUGAGCAUCAUGACAAAAUCAUACCAGUUCAACUGGCAAAAACACAUUCCUGAUUUCCUGCAGGAGGGAGCCGUGUUUGACCGAUUCGAUGAGGAUCCCUUCGUCUUAGAGCCCAGCUGCCAUUUCAGAGUCGACGAAUUUGGGUUCUUUCUCACGUGGAAAAGUGACGGAAAGGAAGGUCAGCUUCUAGAAUGUUCUCUGAUCAACAGCAUUCGUCCUGGAGUCGUGCCGAAGGACCCAAAGAUCCAGGCGUCUCUGGAAGCGUCAGGGAAGAGUGAGGCGGAUCUGGACGGCCGCAUCAUCUGCGUGUGCAGCGGGACGGACCUGGUCAACCUCAGCUUCAUGUACAUGGUGACGGACAACACGGACACGGCCAAGAAAUGGAUCGAAGGCCUGAAAUCGGUGAUUCACAACUUCAAAGCGAAUAACGUAUGUCCAAUGACUUGCCUGAAAAAACAUUGGAUGAGACUCUCCUUCCUAACGAAUGUCAACGGCAAAAUACCGGUCCGAGGUAUCACACGGACAUUUGGCUCUGGUAAAACGGAGAAAGGAAUCUUCCAGGCAUUGAAGGAACUCGGUCUCCCCAGUGGAAAGAAUGAUGAAAUCGAGCAUUUGGCCUUCACCUUCGACAUCUUCUACGCUCUAACACAGAAGAUCUGCCCUCGCACGGACAUUGAGGAGCUCUUCAAGAAGAUCAACGGAGACAAAAGUGAUUAUUUAACCGUAGAGCAGUUAGUCAGCUUUCUGAAUGAAAACCAGCGGGACCCUCGACUCAACGAGAUCCUCUUCCCCUUUUAUGAAGCAAAACGAGUCAUGCAGAUCAUUGAGAAGUACGAGAGAGACGCCGACUUGAAAAAGAAAGGUCACAUGUCCAGCGACGGCUUCUGCCGAUACCUGAUGUCAGACGAGAACGCUCCGGUGUUUCUGGACCGUCUGGAUCUGUGUCAGGAGAUGGAGCAUCCGCUGGCUCAUUACUUCAUCAGCUCCUCACACAACACGUAUCUGACGGGUCGGCAGUUCGGAGGGAAGUCCUCAGUGGAGAUGUACCGACAGGUGCUGCUGUCCGGAUGCAGGUGUGUGGAGCUGGACUGCUGGGAUGGUAAAGGUGAGGAUCAGGAGCCCAUCAUCACUCAUGGGAAGGCCAUGUGCACCGACAUCUUGUUCAAGGAUGUAAUUCAAGCCAUAAAGGAAACGGCUUUUGUAACGUCUGAAUAUCCUGUCAUUCUGUCGUUUGAGAACCACUGCAGUAAAACGCAGCAGUAUAAGAUGGCCAAGUAUUGCGAGGAGAUCUUCGGAGAGCUGUUGCUGAAGCAGCCGCUGGAGGGAUUCCCAAUCGAAGCCGGGCAGCCGCUGCCGUCACCCAACGACCUCAAGCGCAAAAUCCUCAUCAAGAACAAGCGCUUGAAGCCUGAAGUGGAGCAGAAGCAGCUGGAGUCAUUUAAGAAGCACAUGGAGGCUGGAGAGAUGAGCAUACAGACUGGAGAAGAUGACAUCGAUGAAGAUUUGGACAGCGCACUGGAUGGUAAAGAGCUGAACGCAGACCUGAAGAGCAGCAACACUGUGUCUCUGUCAGAAGAUCCAGAAGCAGAAGCCCAGGACAGCAGCAGGAAGAAGAUCCCAGACGAUGAUGUCACUGAGUUCUCAGAAGUCACUGAAAUCAUGGACGUCACGGACGUGUCAGAAGCGUCGGAGCUGGAGAACAAGAAGAAGAGCGGGGAAACGGCUGAAGACGCUGACGCCGAGCAGCAGCUCAUCGCCUCAUAUAAAUAUGAAGGAGCCACGACCAACAUCCACCCGUACCUGUCCGCCAUGGUCAACUACGCUCAGCCCAUCAAGUUCCAGGGCUUCGAGGUCGCUGAAGAGAGGAACAUCCAUCACAACAUGUCGUCCUUCAACGAGUCUGUGGGUUUGGGCUAUCUGAAGACCAACGCCAUUGAGUUUGUGAACUACAACAAGCGACAGAUGAGCCGCAUCUACCCCAAAGGAGGCCGUGUGGACUCCAGCAAUUACAUGCCUCAGAUCUUCUGGAACGCCGGCUGCCAGAUGGUGUCUCUGAACUUCCAGACUCCAGAUCUGGGAAUGCAGCUGAAUCAGGGGAAGUUCGAGUACAACGGUGCAUGCGGGUACCUCCUCAAACCAGACUUCAUGCGCCGCGCUGACAGGAUGUUCGACCCCUUCUCUGAGACGCCAGUAGAUGGAGUGAUAGCAGCAACCUGCAGCGUACAGGUGUUCUCGGGUCAGUUCUUAUCGGAUAAGAAGAUCGGCACGUAUGUGGAGGUGGACAUGUACGGUCUUCCCACGGACACCAUCCGGAAAGAGUUCCGCACACGGAUGGUGAUGAACAACGGCCUGAACCCGUACUACAACGAGGAGCCCUUCGUCUUCAGGAAGGUGAUCCUGCCGGAUCUGGCCGUGCUGCGCAUCGCUGUGUACGACGACAACAACAAGCUGAUCGGUCAGAGGAUCCUGCCGCUGGACGGACUGCAGGCCGGUUACAGACACAUCUCGCUGCGCAACGAGGGGAACAAGCCUCUGUCACUGCCCACCGUCUUCUGCAACAUCGUCCUGAAGACAUACGUGCCAGACGGCUUCGGCGCCAUCGUUGACGCUCUUUCUGAUCCAAAGAAGUUCCUCACCAUCGCAGAGAAACGCGCCGACCAGAUGCGAGCUCUCGGGAUCGAUACGAGUGACAUUGCAGACGUUCCCAAUGAAAACUGCAAGAGCGAUAAAAAGGGAAAAGUGAAUCAUGUGAAGACUAACGUGACGCCGCAGAGCAGCUCCGAGGUGAACGCCACACAGAACAACGUCAGCGAGAGCAAACGCGAUAAUUCUGCCAUUUUGAAUCACGUGAACAUUGAAGAUUUGAAGCAGAUGAAGACCUUCAUUAAACAGAUGAAGAAGCAGCAAAAGGAACUGAACACACUAAAGAAACGACACGCUAAGGAACACAACGCCAUGCAGAAAUCACACUGCACGCAGGUGGACAAGCUGGUGGCUCAGCACGACAAGGAGAAGUUCACGAUGGAGAAGCUUCUGGAGAAGGCCAUCAAGAAGAGAGGUGAAAAUAACUGCUCCGAGUUAAAGAAGGAGACGGCCAUAAAGGUCGAGAUGCUCACCACAGACCAUAAAGAAAAGGUGAAGGACAUGGUGGCGCAGCACACUAAAGAGUGGUCAGAGAUGAUCAACUGUCACAGCACAGAGGAACAGGAUAUGAAGGACGCCCAUGUGACACAGCAGUGUGAGCUCCUCAAGAAGCUGCUGGCCAGCGUUCAGGAGCAGCAGACACUGCAGCUCAAGCUCAUCCACGAGCGGCAAAGCAAAGAGAUGAAGGCCAAUCAGGCAAAGACAUCGAUGGAGAACAGCAAAGCCAUCAACCAGGACAAGAGCAUCAAAAACAAGGCAGAGCGCGAGAGGAGAGUUCGGGAGCUGAACAGCAGCAACACCAAAAAGUUCCUUGAGGAGAGAAAAAGGCUGGCCAUGAAGCAGGCGAAGGAGCUGGAGCAGCUGCAGAAAUCCCAGCGAGAGCAGCUGGACAAACUGGAGAAGUUCAACGAGCAGCUUUUGAAAUCCCAUCAUGCCUACAGUCAGACUCAAGGCCAAAGACAUGCAGAAGAUGGUGAAGCUGGAGGAGGACAUGGACCGCAGACCAGCCACGGUGGUGUAAGCGCUCCAUCCGUCAGCUGAGUCUUCAUCUGUGCUCCUGAACCCCUGCAGCUGUAAACCCCGCCCAUUCUCCCUACCUCAGCUCUAGCCCCGCCCACCGUGGUUAACUCCUCCUCUGCAGCGGCAUCCAGCCAAUCCAGCUCUUACUGUAGCUCCGCCCACACUGCUCAGACCAGCUCCUGAGGAGGCGGUGUGAACACGAUUUUAUACACCACCACCAUCAUCUUCAUCAUCUUCUUCAUCAUCAGCAGUGCUGCAGCCACUAUGGCCGACAACUCAGAAGUGUUCUUUAUGAACUUCUCAAGUCGUAUCUUAACUGAGCUAGUUAACCGUAGCAGAGUCAGGCGAACGGACGAAGAAUCUGAUUAGUUUGUCACACCGUGUUUCUCCCGUCCUGAGCACUUUCUGUGUGUUAGGAUGUCAAGGAUCUUUGCCGAUGUAGCAGAGCUGUAGCUUUCCUCUGAACACCAUGAAUGUAGACGCGUCUGGCAGCCAGAUCACACCAGUGUCUGUUCCUCUACUGUGUUUUUAAGAUCGUUUUACCCAAGUCUUGUUUUAUUUGAGAGGUUUUGUGAUGAUGAAUGAGUUUGUGAAUCGCUGGUUCUGUUCUCCUGAGAAUCCUCUUCGCACGGAUCUGGAAGAACGUGACGCAUCGACGCAAACCAGUUGCUUUCUCUGACACGAAACUGAACUUUGGUUGCACUUGUGUGCGUGGUCUUUUAUUUUUUAGGUGUAUUCUAUUGGUACUUGUUUUAAAGAGAGGUGCGCUGCAGAAGAAAUGAUGUUCUUAGGCACUUUUGUCUUGUUUCAACCAGUAAGAAUAUCUAAAAAGCAAAACAUAAAUUAAAAUGACAAUCAAAAAGAUAUUAAGUCUUGUUUUCUGAAAACUGUAUCAAAAUGAAGUGUGUGAACACAAGAAAGAAAUAUCCCAACAGGCAGCCCAUGGGCAGAUAUUUGUUCUUGUUUUAAACUUAAAUUUGCUUCAUUUUGACAGAUUUUUCAGAAAACAAGACUUCUUAUCUCGUGUCUUUCUGCAUCUCCAGUAAAUGAAUCCUGAUUUGAGGAUGUUUAGAUAUUUGUUCUGAAAAACAAGAUAAAAACACUCAUUGUUCGAGGGCUUUUGAGAUCAUGUUAUUGGUUGUUGUUUUCUUCUUGUUUUCAUCAUGUUUUAAGUGUUUGGCGGUGAACACAUAUCUGGUGUGAAAGCAAAGUGCUUUAAAUCUCCAUCGCUUACAAAUGUGCCAAUAUAUGUCAGGUAGAACGUUUAAAUUAUUUUACAUGAUAAAUGCCAAAAUAAGGGGUUAUUUAUAUAAAGAUGCAGAUAUAAAUAUAUAAUAGUGAGUAGUUUAAGUUUCUUAGAAGCUGUUUGCACUAGCUGAAUGUGUUCCGUCGUGCGACCUCCUCGUAGACCUUUGCUCUGAUAUUAUAGUUUGAGGAACAGCUGAUUAUUUUUGCAGAACUGUUGCGCUCUGAAUUUCAUCUGUUUUUUAUUCCUUUGUCUUCUGAGUUUUCUGUUGCUUCUCAAUGGAUCAUGCUGUAAGUGCUUUU